UUUUCAAUUAAGACCAUGGAGCAGACACGCCCACCCUUUUUCUGCAUGAGCCACGCCCCCUCUAGUUUACCGGGUGCAAUUUGCAAAGGAGCUAGCUGUGAAGUGUUGCUAUUUGCAGGCAGGCUAAAGAACUUCACUGAAGUCAAGAUAUACAUAUUCUCUCCAAGUGUGUGUCAAGUGCGUGUGAGGGAUAAGAAGUGGACCAUGACUCAGCAAGAGAAUGAGAGGUGGGACAUAACCCCAGUGGACUUCUCAGGCUAUUACACCUACUACCACAGGGUCACUCCACCAGGGCUCCUAUUAUCAGGCUCUAGAGCUAGAGAGUUCUUCCUACAAACAAAACUGCCCCCACACACGCUCAGUCAAAUAUGGAGGCUGUCAGAUCUUGAUCAGGACGGUUGUUUGAAUGCCGCUGAGUUUGCAGUGGCCAUGCACUUGAUACGAGUGGUCCUGCGAGACCACACCCCCUUGCCCGCCACUUGCCCCGCCCCCAUACAAGGGCUAGUGAAGCAGUGCAUGUAUCCGCAGCUACCAGUAGCAACUCAGGCACACCUGGACAAGUGUAGGAAGGCAUUUGGAGCUUUCUUUGAGAAUGUUGGCCAUGGAGUCAUGGGAGGGGACGCAGCACGCUACCUGAUGCUCAAGUCCAACCUCCCCAAACCUCAGCUCUACCAUAUCUGGAGACUGUCAGAUAUAGAUGGUGAUGGGAGACUGAGUUUCCUGGAGUUCACUAUUGCCAUGCAUCUCAUCUUCAUUGCCAAGCUCGGCUACACACUUCCCGUGGACCUUGACCCUAACACUAUUCUGCCACCAUCGUUUUACAAGACAUUGGAAGAGGUGCAGGACACAGCUAACAAGGGUCCAAAGGUCGCUCCAAGCAGUGGUGAACCCUUAGAGCCCUUCUCCCCACCCACCACCCCUCGUUAUAAGAGCAGCCCCGCCUUCUUUGGGGAGAACCCCUUCGUUAGUGAUGCCUUCAUCAAUAUUCCUGCCAGACAAUUUCGAGAAGGAGAAUACGAGAAAUUUGUUGGUGAUCCGUUUGAAACCACGGAUCCAUUUUCCUCCAGUGAUGACCAUCACAUCAUCAGUACCACCAGCGAGGAUUUCGUUGAGUCUCCAAACUCCCCUGACGUCUUUCAAAACAGUCACAAUACUACAACUCCUGAAAAUGAAUUCUCAAAAGAGAAGCAAACUGGAGGCUCCUUGCGUACACAGCAGUCACUCUCACAGCCAAUCAAUGCAGAGACAUCUCGUGACAGUAGUGGGCAACCCUCACCACCUUUGCAUGACAGUGGAGCAUCCGUGUCGAGUCAGACAAGCUCUAAGGAGUCGCUACAGAACAGCUAUAGUUGUGCAAGUUCACAAGAGUCACUUAAGGAUAGUUGCAGCAGCUCAAGACAUUCUCACAGAGACAGCCAUAGCUCGAAAGAAUCACUCGGGGAAAAUCAAACAAUUCCAUCUCCUUUGCUAUCAUCUCAAGAGUCUUUACAACACCAGCAGCUAGCGGCGUCUCAAGAUUCCCUCGGGAGAAUGUCCCCCCGGCUGAUAGGAUCAGACCACUCCCAACAGAGUGCCCCCUUAUCACGGCUGAGUCAGGAUAGCCUGUCACCCGUAUCCUCCCCUCGUCUCAAGGAAAGUAGAUCUGAGAGAAGUAGCACGGCUUCGUUUCAGGAGAUGGUUGUAGAGGAGAGGAUUGAGCCAGUCCUUCAGCAAGCUCAUGCAGUGGAUGUUGUGGAGUCACGUGAGGCGACCCCUAUAUCCAGUGGAGGGGGCGUGAUUCCAGAGAGUGUGAGUGAAGAACUGGAGAGCCUGUCACGCGCAUCACGACAAUUCCUACAGGAGUCCCAAAGCAAACUAGAGGAGCAGCAGCUCAAGCAACAGACCUACACUGCUGUGCCUGACCAUGCCAGCCUCAAGCAACAGACCUACACCGCUGUGCCUGAUCAUGCCAGCCUCAAGCAACAGACUUACACCGCUGUGCCUGAUCAUGCCAGCCAGACCUACACUGCUGUGCCUGGUGAGUAUCGCCAUGCCAGCCUCAAAGGUAUCUCAGCAACUAUCAAAGAAGUUGAUCAAGAGAGAACAAGCAGCUCAAGUGAACAUUCCUCUGAGGCUAAUGAUGAUCUAGACACUUUUGAUGUUAUGUCCCAGCUUGAUGACCUUGAAGCCGAGAUGAUGUCAGCAUUGGAGGACAGCGACCUCGAAUAUUUGGAUGACGAAGAUUUCCCUGAUGAUCAAGAUAUGAUUGAAGUUGGGGCUCUGGAUUUGAAUUUGGAGGGUCCAGAUUUUGUAGUGUUGCGGGAUGAUGAUAGAAAGACGCCUGUUUCGGAUGCACCCCUCACUGUUGAUGAGGCCACUCCCACUCAUGUAGACGCCACACCCACUCAUUUAGAUGCCACUCCCACUCAUGUAGACCCCACCCACACACACAUCAAUGGUGUCAGUGUCAGAGAAACGAUGAAACAAGUGAAGGAGGAACAAAUGCGAAGAAAAUCUCUCAUGCUGGAGGCUACAAUGGAUGAGUUAGACAACUUCCUCGGAGAUGAACUUGCUGACAUCAACGACAUGUUUGAAGAAUUUACAACGAAGGACAAGCAAGUGAAGGAAAAAAGACAAAAAGAAGUGCUGGAUCUGAAGCAUAUCGACGAAGAGCUCAAGUUGAAAAAUGAGGACCCCACAGCUAAAGUGCCCCAGGGAGACACUGCAGAGUCAGUGGAGAGGAUCUCCAGGAGGAGAGAAGAUGAAAGUCUGAAGCUGGCUGCACAGUGGGAGAAUGAGAUGGAGGUGCUGCAGGCUGAGAGGCUGAGGGACCAACAGAGGAGGGAUAUACUCAGAGAGGUGGAGUCAGACUCUAUUGUACAAACACUGGAUGCUGAGAUGAAGCAGCUCAUUGAGCAUGAAGAGGAAGGAGUAAGGAUUGCUCAGAGGGAGAAGGAGCUGUUAGCAGUGAGAGAGAGAGAGGAACAGGAGCGCAGGGAGAAGGAACGGCAGGAGAGACUCAGCAGGAAACAAGACAAGGAAGAGAUGACCAUUGAGGAGUGGAUAGAAUGGAUGGAAGAGAAGAAGAAAGCAGGCAUGAGUCCAGAGCAGGUGGCAGAGCUAGAGCGUCGGAAGGCUAACUGGCUCGAGCAACAGAAACAGAGGGAAGAGAAACGAAAGAGAGAGGAGGAGGAACAAUUGGCAAAGACUCGGAAAAAGAUGGAGUCUGAGUUGAAGGCAAUUCGUGAUCGUGACCGUGAGAUCAAAAGCAAUCGACUCACAAACGAAGAACUUGAAGCAAAGAGACGAGAAAAAGCUCUCAGAGAUCAGCAAGAGUCUGAACAACGAAAGGAGCGCUCAAGACAUGUCAAGGAGGCCAUGAAACAACAGGAGAUUGACGAGCUGAAGCCCAAGGCACGCUCGGCACUGGCUGCUCGCUGGGAAGAGAGGAUAAGAGCUCGUAGCGAGGGGAAGAUCACUCGCGAGGAGAAUAGGUCCACCGUGAUAACAGGGAAAGGCAUGGAAUCCCUGAAACAUGAAGAGGAGAGGAUCACUCGGCGUAUAUCUAACGGCAGACCUGUGUCUACCAGCAGUAGUGAGGGCGAUGAGAAAAAGAGGCAAUCUAUAGCUUAAACACACCAACUGUCCUGCAUGGCUUUUUAUUUCACUGGUAGAUUAAUUGUCUAAACCUCUUGUAUAGUUUUGAUAGCUCCUUUUUUCUCUAGUGCUGUUUUUGUCAAUCAUUUCAACUCAUUAUUGCAGCAGACAGCACUAGCUAUUAAUAGCUGUCUUUUGUCACCCACGUACAUAUCACAUUGACCGUGACGUUAUAUCCCCUUCCUUUUGUUUUGGUGUGGUUUGUCACUAUCAUUACGUACUUCUGCUGAUUGAAUUAUUAAUUUGCUGUAAUUAUACACUUUCUACGUACGUAUCUUGAAUAAGUAUGUGACAGACUGUAUGCACAUAUUUAAUCAAUGGUUUGGGGAUUCUUUCA